UUGAAAUUCUGCAGUGCGUCGCAGGGGUGGCCCAGCUUGAAACACUUGUCGCCCUACCAGCGCAGGUAUUUACCUAUCGGCCGGAGUACACUGACGAGUGGCUGGCGAAAGGGGGACGGCUCUGUCGUGACGUCAUGAGUAAAUCAUUUUAAUCUCCCCUACAAAGCCCUGAUAAACAAGUUGGUUUUGCCUCUUACGGGUUAGUGAGGACCAUUAAACUAAAGGAACUGUUUCUUUUAACUUAUUGCUCUUUUAAGGCGAACAACGAAAAGAACAAAACGAGCUACACAACACAGUUAAUUAGAAAGCUUCCACUUCAGUCGCUGGAGCCUAAUCAGCCGCCCUCUACUGGACAAAAAACACUGUAUCCAUCUACAAAUAGCCAGAGCGCAAAGUGGCGGCUUCCAGGUGAUGAUGAAGCGGGGAGGCGGGGAGAAUAGCAUUGUUUAGUGCGACCUCGGAGGACUACAUCUGUAAUUAUAUGGGUGAUUAAAGAUGAAAAGAUACAGACUGUCUUAUAUGCCUGAGCUGCGGGUCGUGUCUUCAUCCAACGACAGUCAGGCGUAACAGAGACAAAGGUACUUGAAGCACGAUGUCCAGUUUAGUGUCCGCGUUGUGUGUGUUGCUCGGCACUGGGUUACUAUGUCAGGGGAAGAUUCUUCUUCUACAUGCUGCCAAUUCAAAGGGAGAGCAUACAAUCAAUUCCCGUUCAAACUCCACAUCAGGGAGGACUGUGCAUUUCGGAGACGGAGAGAGCAUUUCACUGACAUUCUGCUUACGAAAAGACUUUAACUGGGUAACCGUGACGGGUGUGCUCUUCUCGAAUGACGGACUUCAAGACAGAUGCUCCAUCAAAAUUGACCGUACUGUUGUUGGAUCAUUCAUGUCCAAAAAUGAGAGCAAUUUUGGUCAUUUAUGGAACGUUUUCCGGAAUAGUGGACAGAUUGGGAAAGGAAUCGGACUUUACCACGGAGUUCACACUAUGAAUAUAGUAUGUGGUUCACCAGAUGGUGUCGAGGUCGACGUCGUGAAAUUACAGAUAUCGGACAGCGUCCUUACUCAAGAUGUCUUUGACUGUAAGCUACGUUGUCAGGCAGAGUCAGUCAUGAAGAAGCUUGGCAAACCCAACCUCUACAAAAGGAACGCAACCGUCUCCCAGCGCAGCUACAUAACCAAAUGUGCCGAAGAAGACAACGUGCACGUUCCCCUAUACAUGGCCAACAUCGCCAACUACACUCUGACAGCUACUCUACCGAUGUACCCUUCAUUCUCCAACAGGCGAGAGCCGGAUGAAAACAACUGCCCUUUUCUACCGCCAGUUCACUGGAGUUUUAAAGAUUUUAAAUUGUCUGCAAAACAUGGGAAGCUGUAUACCAAAGGAGCGGAGCUAAGGUUGUUUGGAAACAACAAACAAAUUAUGCAAACAUCCGGUUUGGAAGCCAAGUUUGACCUUGAUGGCCCUAGCCGUGGCCAUAUUGACUCCGAGAUAGGGUCAAUUAUGGUGCUGAAAAUCCGUCCAGUGAAAUUUGCAAUUUUACUAAACGCUACAUACACAGGGAAAAACAGGGACCUGACGCUCCUGGACAUCAAAUAUCUCCUUCCUGGACAGAGGGAGGUGGUUUGGAACUUUCCGGAUUUCACAUGGAGCGAGUUCCGGAAGAACUAUGUGUCGCUGUCCUUACUGACUCUCUUUCCGGUGGAGGUGCACGUGGAAGAAUUCCGGAUGGAGAGACGCUACAUGAAGCCCGACAGGCCAUUUUUUAUCUACAAAAGUGACGAACUCGUAAUUGAAGGUGUAGAUGUUGAUUUCUGGUGGCGUGAGCCUCAAAAAAUGAAAAUGCGACAUCUCGACAGCGGAAAAACGUGGGCAGACGUCGACUAUUUCAGGAUUUCGCGCCCGGUGCCGUGGGCGAAAGGAUAUGCACAGGUAUUUGUGUUAUAUCAAGACGGAAACGCUCGUCUGCUGCAGCUACCCCCUGCCGGUUUAGAUUGGAUUCCGUUCGGUUCGUCCAUGAUUCUGGGUACAACAGAUCCCACGUCUUUCCGACCGGCGUCUCCUAUUCAUCGCGUGGACAUCCUGCGGUCUCUUACAGACGACGUGUCCAUGGACUUGCACUACUAUGACGGUGGAUAUGCCCGACUUGACCUUCACGUGGGAAUGGACGAGACGACCCUGACAGUGUCCAACAUCCGGUACAAGAACACCGCCUACUACCCAUUUGCUUCGUUUCGCUCCAUGUACAUCGAGGACGGCAACUCCGACUGUGACCGCGUGAUGGUUGAUGGCGGCGCCAUUUACAACAUCAUGGACAAAUGGCGGGCAGUCCAGGGAAGGAGCUUCACCUUCUUCAGACAGUGUGAGUCCAAGCACCUGACCCUCAGCCCUGACAUCAGAGUGGACAUCACGGGACUCUAUGGGGAAUAGACCCGAACAUCGGGCCACUCUGGCCAUAACUAGAAAUAACGCUAUGAGUCAGAUAUUCACUGUUUAGGAUGUAACAUGCCACGCUUGACUUUGCAAAGAAACUUGACGUAUUUUACCGAGGCUUAUUGAGAUAUGCUUAAUCAUUGUUCUCUAUAUUUGAAAUGGUUCAUUCCGAAACUUUAAAUGCCGAUGUAGUUAAUCCAGUCUUCCUGCACCGGCUGAAUAGGACAUAAGAAACAAACCGAACGUUUUAUUAUUUAAUUCCAUAUUUAGUACAUAUUUAUUAUUUGACAGUUGCAUAUAUACAGUUGUUUAAAAUGUGUAGUACAAUCAAUCAGUAGGAAAUGAAUAUAUUUCCAGAUAUCGAGGUAAUUGCUGUUUGUAGGUGUGUGUGAGUGUAUAUAUAUAUAAUACAAUACAUACGUCAUCAGCGUGAAAUGUAAACGUGGACAGACGCUCAGUACGUUUUCAGUCAUGAACAGUUUAACGGAUCACAUUCGUCUGUCUGGAUUCUAAGCUGGUUACACAAUUCUAUUUAAGGUUCGGUCGUAUUCCAUAUUGCGGUCAGGGUUCGGCUAUUUAUACCGUAGAGGAAAACAAUCAAAUUUUGACUUGGUUCGGGACAGGCAAUUAGUGAAACAGCGGAAAGUGGUCAUUAAAUAUUACAAAUAGACUGUCGGGCUGGUUAAGAUCAAAAUGGGGUGUUCCUUAACACUUGCUCAUAAAACAAUAAUUGCUUUGUCAAAAUUACUUCUCAUGAAGCAUAAAACAAUUUAACUAACUCUUAGAGUAUACAUUAUACUGCUUCUAUUAUCAAGAGUAUUAUUCUAAGAUGGCUGCUGGCGGCCAUCUUGAAUGAUGAUUUUCUCCUAUGCCGCGUGUCCCGACGUUUGGAUGUUUGAAACAAUGACACCACAGUGUCCUACGAGUAUAGACAGUCACAAUGGACGUUAAAUUUUGAGAGUAGCAUAAUACUCCAGUUUACUUCAUCAGUGCUAUCUGUGGGUGGGCACAGUGUGUGAAACCCAUUCCUGAUGUCUCCAGCACGUAAACAUCGCUCACAAUAAUUAUGUGGAAAUUGUACAAAUGUUUGAUAUUACCAACUAUAUUGCAUCGGAAUAAACCGAAAAAGACGA